CGAAUGAAACCAUCAACAACUAUCUCUGUCCAAUUUCCUAGACUUCGUGUGAAUCUUUCAAUUCAAAGCCUACGCGCCCAGUUUGUUUACUUUCAACCCCUCGAAAUCCCUCCGAGGUACUCGUACUCUCAGGAUAGGUCCCAGUAUGCAGCUAGAGAUGAAUUCCUGCUCCUCUAACCCCUCUAAUUUCAAAUCACCACAUCACAUCACUUUCCAAGACUGAGCAGCCCACUUACCGAUCGUGGGUCUCGAAAAACCGGUCCACCGUUCUCUCCCCAGACCUACCACCUCACUACGAGUUAGGCGCAGGGGUGCAGGCAAUGCAACCGAAUAUCCUCACCGUUUGCGAAGACGUGCAUGAAAUCUGGGGAAUGGCGUGCCUUGGCCAAAUCAGACUUCGAUUCGAGACCCUUGCUUCUCAAUGUUGGGAUCGUAUGCAACGCUCACACCACUAGUGGAGACUCGAGUCCGGCAGCAGAAUACACUCACUCAGGUCACAUGCUGGUAAAACCACCAAUACUACUAUCUGACAUUGUCAUUUGACUUUGUAUACUCAGAUUUCGGCGAAUACCGGGGCAUAUAAAUGUUCGUCUGACAAGGAGUUGGGCUUCUUUCCGAUACCAAGAGACCCUGAAUAUUUAACAUGUCGUGUCAUUCAAUUUAUAUCGUAUUCAUCACGGUAUUAUACUCUGAUUUGGCCUCUAGAUCCUAAGCACGGGACCCAGCAUAAUACACUCGUGCAUUCAAGGCCGAAUCUGCUCCAUGGUUCCAUUUCGAUUUGCACAUCAUUCCUCGUCAAUUGCAAUGGUCUAAGAGAAAUACGGAUGAUGGAUCGACCCAUCCAAUUCGACUCACAUGAUCAGAAAAUGACAAACCCUCGUCACCCCUGGGGUUAGCCUAGAAGCAUCAAUGGGGACUGACGUUAUGGACGAACGGAAGCCCGGACCAGCCGAUGGAGAACUAGAUAACUGUAUGUCCAUAUAUGUAUCUCGGUCCAGUCAGAAUAGCCUCAUAGCCCUACAAAUAAAUCACGAAAUCCUACAGAAAUCCAAUCACACACAAUCUAGUCCAAAGCGAAAUCCAAUACCAACAAACAUCAAAUAACAUCCAUCACAAUGUCGGCCAACGGUACACCCAAGGUUGAGAACCUAUACCACGUCAUCUUCACCACAUCACAUCUCUCCAAACUCGAAGAUGUCAACGACAGCGUGGAAAAGGUACGAAUCUGCGGUACAUAUACCACACUAGGCGCCGCGAAAGGCGCCGCCCACAGACUCCUAUUUGAAGCCGGAUAUCAAAGGGAGUGGUUCGUGGAAUACGACACAAACCAGGACGACUUUGUGACACACGGCAUUAAACGACGAUCAGGACUUGCAGUAUUUGCAAAGGCCAAGGACGGCACCAUCUUCCGCGUUGGCCUCGCCACCACCCCCAACGUCCACGCCUUGCGCGACGAUGAAGACCACAAGAUCCACCGACCACUGUAUCACGUCGUCCAGACCAACGUCUUCUAUUCCGAAGACGACAGUGGAGAAGCCCGUGAAACCAACAUCCAGGGCUCAUUCCUCAAAUACGAAGAUGCCAGAGAAUUGGCUGCCAAGGCAUUGCUGAAUGCAGAAGAUGGAAUCACCAAGGAAAGUUUCGAGCAGUACGAUGAGGCGGAACCAGGUCAGACGGAUUGCGGAUAUGGCGAAAAUGUUGUCGUUCAUGCAGUUGGACAAAAUGGAGAGAAUAUCUUGGUCAGUGUUCUCAGGGGACAGGAACUCGAAUCGGUCAGGUUAGCGGAGGCGUCGCUAAGGAUUCGCGCAUUUUAAUUAACUUAGGUAGUUCGUCAUUUGCAUAGUAUAUGGCUUAGGACAGGGAUUAUAGGUAUCCCGGAUUCUAAUGGGACAAGCCUGGCACUUAAGAUGCCAGAUGCUCAAAAUCAAACCUCAUCAUUAUCAUCA